AUGACCGCCGAAAUGCAUUCUCCACCUGCGACCAGGGACAAGUUAAAUGUCUAUACUUUGAUCUUGAUCUCCUAUCUCGGACUUGGUUCAAUGAGCUUUGGCUAUGCAGCCUCCGUCAUCGGAACGUUGCUAGGGCAGCCAUCUUUUCUGGAGUACUUCAACCUCGAAACAUCUUCCAAUGGUACCACUCUGAUCUCGACUAUGAACGGUGUCUUUCAGACCGGGGGGUUUCUAGGAGUGUUGUGCUUGCCAUGGGUCGCCGACAAAUACGGCAGGAAAUGGUCGCUCGCAGUGCCUGCUUUACUGAUUAUCGUGUCCGGUGCAGUCAUGGCUGGCAGCACUAAUGUGGCAGAGUUCAUUGUCUUCCGCUUCUUUUCGGGCGCCGGCGCCUAUAUGUUCGUUGCAGCUCCUCCGCUGAUGAUGAGUGAACUCGUACCGGCUAAUCUUCGUGGUGGGCUGGUUGAGUUCCAUGGGGUUUUUUACGUCUUCGGGUACUUGACAGCAACAUGGAUUGGAUUUGGGUGCUUCUUUUGGCCUAAUAACGGCCACAACUGGCGCCUGCCGGUAGCUUUACAAUGCUUAUGGCCGUCGUUACUCCUUUCCGGGCUUUUUGUCUGUCCGGAAAGCCCCAGGUGGCUUGUCAUGCGAGGCCGCGACGAGCAAGCGAGACAAGUUCUCAUCAAGAUACAUUCUCAUUCGGGAGUCGGUCACGAUCGGGCGAACCUCGAGUUGUAUCAAAUUCAGAAACAAGUGGCGAUUGAUCGCUCCCUGCCAUCGAGCUGGUACCAGAUGUUCAAAAGGCCAUCAUACCGUAAGCGUGCCUUGCUUGGACUCGCAACUACGGGGAUGGUUCAGUUCUCGGGAGUGCUGGUUAUCAAUAACUACGGACCGGUGAUCUAUAGGCUGUUGGGCUACAGUCCCAUGAAACAGCUCCUCUUCCCAUCUCUCUGGCUUACCGUCGGCUUCGUGUGCUUCUUCUUCGGUCCGAUUUUGAUUGACAAGAUUCCUCGGAAUUGGAUGCUGGGCAUCGGCAUUCUUGGAACCUCGACUAUGCUGAGCAUUAUCGCGGCGCUCCUCGCCAAUUUCGUCCCUUCCACCAACACUGCUGCAUUGAAAGCCACGGUAGCUAUGUUUUUCCUCUAUCAGCCAUUCGUCAACAUCGGCCUUGAUGGAACACAGUUCGUGUACUUGGGGGAGGUCUUCCCCAACCACCUUCGCGCCAAAGGAGUCUGUCUCGGCACUUCUAUGAUAGCGUUCAUGAAUAUAAUAUGGCUUCAAUCAGCCCCCGAAGCUUUGAAGAAUAUACAGUGGAAAUUCCUGCUCUGCUUCAUCAUUCCGGGUUUUCUCUCCGGGUUCUGUGUUCUUAUGUUCUGGCCAGACACUCGGGAUACGCCCUUGGAAGAGAUCGGCGCCAUCUUCGGUGACGGCGACGAGAUUGCGGUAUACCAGUACCAGCUUGAGAUCGACCCCACAACGCACACGAUCCAUGACCACACCGAGCGGCCUGACGCAGAUAUAUCUGUAGCAGAUGUCAAACAAGAGUGA